UUGUUCAGAGAGCUCUCUAAUCCAGUCUUAGAUCUGAGUCGUGCAGCGCAGCCUAAUAGGAUCGUAGUAUUAACCCUGAUGACAAUUCCACCAGCUGUCGCAGGGCCCCCUGUUGGCCACCAGGAGGACUGUGUCAGUGGGGGUUGGAGAGAUGGAGAGGGAGGUGACUGACAGGGAGCGAGACAGACACAGAUAGACAGAGAUAGUGUGUGAUGCUCUUCGUCUCAUGUGGAAUAAUCAAGGGAGCAGUUUGGAGGAGGAGCACAGAAACAUCUAAAGUGCUUUAUUUUUGGACGACUACCUCUUUAAUUUUACUCUUCACCCCUCUCCCUUAAUCAAACCCCAACUUUUUUUCUUUCUUUAAACUUUUUCUGUCCCAUUUGUCUCUUCUCUCUCGAGCCUGCCUUCGCCUCCAUCAGUCUGCGUCCAUCUAUCUCUCCCCACCGGCUGCAUCCACUUUCUUCCGGGGUGGUGGCGUUGGCGACUCUUGGCUCUGUGCUGGUUCUAUAUGGCUGAAUAAGUGGUUAAAAAAGGGGGGGGGCUUGCUCUGGUCGUUUUCUCUGCGGGGGGUUCGGAAGUUGCAGUCAGGACCAGGACAAGCAGGAGGAGGAGGCGGUGGAGGAGGAUGGCGGUGGCUCUGGAUGAAGUGUGGGGGCGGGUGAAGAAUGUCUGCAAGCAGAACGGACUGCUCAUCCUGUCUGUGCUGGCCGUGGUCAUUGGCUGCCUGCUGGGCUUCUUCCUCAGAGGCAAGCAGCUGUCCGAGCAGGAGGUGAAGUACUUCCAGUUUCCCGGAGAGCUGCUGAUGAGGAUGUUGAAAAUGUUAAUUUUGCCCCUUGUCGUGUCCAGUUUGAUGUCAGGUCUGGCUGCCUUGGAUGCCAAGUGCUCUAGCCGCCUGGGCAUCAUGACCAUCUCCUACUACCUCUGGACCACCUUUGUUGCCGUGGUCGUGGGCAUCGUCAUGGUGUACAUCAUCCACCCGGGCGGAGCUGCUCAGAAGGAGGACUCUGAGGACAGCAAGAAGCCGAUGACCAGCUCUGCUGACGCUCUGCUGGAUCUCAUCCGCAACAUGUUUCCAGCCAACCUGGUUCAAGCUACUUUUCAACAGUAUCGAACCCAGCGAGUCCCAGAGCUCAUCCCCAAACCGACGGUGGCUCAGCUCUUGGAUGAGACCACCACUCGCAGGGUCUACAUCUAUGGCAUCCAGGAUGACAACGGCACAGACGUCCAGAAUUUUUCCCUGGAUCUCACGCCGCCUCCUGACGUGAUCAUGAAAACAUCCCCUGGUACCAGUGAAGGCAUGAAUGUGCUGGGGAUUGUAAUUUUCUCCGCCACCAUGGGGAUAAUGUUAGGAAGGAUGGGACCCAAUGGAAGCGCUUUGGUCAACUUCUGCCAGAGUUUGAAUGAGGCCGUUCUGAAGAUUGUCGCCAUUGUCAUCUGGUAUUUCCCCUUUGGCAUCGUGUUUCUGGUUGCCGGUAAGAUCCUGGAAAUGGACGACCCUUCAGCCAUGGGGAAGAAGCUGGGUUUUUACGCCAUUACGGUGGUAAUGGGCUUGGUGCUGCACGGUCUGUUUAUCCUGCCCGCCAUGUACUUCUUCAUCACUAAGAAGAGCCCCAUCGUUUACAUCAGAGGCAUCCUGCAGGCCCUGCUCAUCUCAUUGGCCACCUCCUCCAGCUCUGCCACUCUGCCUAUCACCUUCAAGUGCCUCCUUGAGAACAACCACAUCGACAGACGCAUCAUCCGCUUCGUGCUGCCUGUCGGGGCCACCAUUAAUAUGGACGGCACCGCACUCUACGAGGCCGUGGCAGCCAUUUUCAUUGCCCAAGUGAAUAAUUAUGAGCUUGACUUUGGACAGAUCAUCACGAUCAGGUAA